CACACACAAGAUGGCGGCGGGGAGGUCGGGGCCGUCAGCCUUGGCGCUCUUUCUCGGGCCGCCAUGCUGGUGAGGGCGAGCGGGGCGCUGCGGCGGGUUCUGCUUCGCGGCUUGCGCCUCGGCGGCCAAGCGAAGAGGCUGAGCGGGGAAGGAGCUGCGACCGCGGACUGCUUCCCGUUGAGCCGAGGGCUGCUUCGCCUCCAAGGCCCCGAGGUGGAGACCUUCCUCCAGGGCUUGCUGACCAAUGACGUGACGCGCCUAGCCGCGGUGGGCGGGGCCUCGGACGCGCCGCGCGCGCUCUACGCGCAUGCCCUCAACGUCCAGGGGAGGUGCCUCUAUGACGUCAUCCUGUACAGGAUUCAUGAAAGCCCGCGAGAAGAGCCUCACAUCCUGUUGGAGUGCGAUGCCACUGUCUUGGACUCCCUUCAAAAGCAUUUGAAACUGUAUAAGAUCCGGAGGAAAGUCAACAUUAGCCCCUGCCUUGACCUCUCUUUGUGGGCUCUCAUUCCGAAGGAACUGUCUGAGGAUGUGUCCCAUAAAUUCCAGCAAUGCGCCGGCAAAGCUGUGGUUGUGACACCUGACCCCAGAGUGGAUGUUAUGGGUUGGAGGCUGAUAACCAGCAAAGACACAGACCCACUAGAGAUUAUUCCUGGAAGCCAGAUUGGAGAGAUUAAGGAUUACCAUAGGCACAGGCAUCCCUGAGGGUAUUGAAGAUCUACCUCCUGGAAUAGCCUUGCCUCUGGAAUCCAACCUGGCUUACAUGAACGGGAUCAGUUUCAC